CCCCGCCGCGGUCGCAGAGAGGGCGGGGCAACAUGGAGGGAUGGCGGGGCGUUGGGGGCGGGGAAUGAGGUAGGGAGGGACUGGCGCGCGUUGGGGUUGAAUGGAAGAGCGGCGGGGACCAGCAUUCCCCGAUUCUCCCGCUACGGCGGCGCACGCAACCGGCUACUCGACCUCGUAGGUUUGCCAGGUACCUAACCUAGCAAAAGGAGAGUUGGGAGGAGGGAGGUGGCCAUCUAUCGAUAGCCGAAUGCGGUGGUGGAAAGGCAGAGGGAGAGAGGAGAGAGAGAGGAGGGAGAGAGAGAGAGGGUGGGUGGGUAGGGAGAGAUCCGUGAGCAGGGAGGCGUUCCUUUUCCCCGACACUGCUUAGCGCCUUCGUUCGCUCGCCCGCUCGCUCGCUCGCUGCGGGGUUGUCUGUGAGCGCGGGCCAUCACGCGCUAGAAACGGACCGACCCUGGUGGUAGAUUGAUUAGCAGGCAGGCUGGCGGGAGGGUAUUGCAUGUCGGGGGCGUUGGCAGAGUCAUCCAUCGUGGCGACCGGUCAGGUGAUUCGUGCGACCUCCCGUGCCCUUCAGCGGCGGGUAAUGGCGGCGACAACGACCAUUGCCUCCGCCAGGGCGGCGGCCAUCGCCUUGCGCGGAUCGGUGUCCGCGGCGGCGGGCGGUGCGACCGGUCUGGACCAUCAGGGGGGCGGAGGCAUCGGCUGUGCGGCCGACAUAGCUCCUGUGCGCCAGUGUGCUGUGAAAGCGGUAGCAGCUGCUUCUGGGCGACCGGUCGCUGGCCCUUCAGGACCUUAUUUCGUAGCGCGGGCGGCGACCGUCGAUUCCAUAUGUUUCCUUCCCGGUCGCAGUAGCAGCGCUUUCGUGGGCGGCGUCCGGAUCGGUGGUAGUUGCUCUCCUGGUCUGUUCCUCGUCGGCGACCAUGGGCUCUCCUCUCUGGUUCCCACACGUCAGUCUUCCUCUGUGUCUGCCAUGCCCGGUGUCAGGGCGUUUCACCCAUCCUCUGUCAAUGCCCGAGCCAUGGCGACGGCGGAGAUGGUCGUUGAUGAAGAAGAAAGGGGCACGAGUGAGAGAGGGAGGGGACUGUACGGCUUGCCCAGCAGGCAGGAACUAGUGGAAGAUUUGAGUGAAGUGCAAGCAGCUACCGGAGCGGAGGAGAAGAACGACGGCUUAGCCAUCGCCAGCCUUCCCAUCGACAGGGAAAUUGUCGAGACUCUGGAGAAGCGGGGAAUCACUCAUCUCUUUCCUAUUCAGAAAGCGGUUCUUCAGCCAGCCAUGGAAGGGAGGGAUCUCAUUGGCCGUGCAAAGACGGGCACUGGCAAAACCCUUGCGUUUGGCAUCCCAAUAUUUGAAAGUCUGUUGCAGGAGUCCAAGGAGAGCAAGCGUGCAAGGCGCAAUGGCCGAGGUCCUCGAUGCUUGGUGCUGGCGCCGACCAGGGAGCUGGCUAAACAGGUGGAACGGGAGUUCAUGCAAACAGUACCGAGCUUGGCAACGAUCUGCGUUUACGGAGGAGUGUCCAUUGGUGGCCAGGAGCGAACAUUGAGGAAAGGCGUGGAUAUGGCCGUUGGCACACCCGGGCGGGUGAUAGAUCUGAUUGAGCGUGGUGCUCUAGAUCUAUCCGAUGUGCGGUUCCUGGUGCUUGAUGAAGCCGAUCAGAUGUUGGCAGUUGGUUUCGAAGAAGAUGUCGAGAAGAUUCUAGAGCGAGUACCUGGUCAGAGGCAGUCUAUGCUCUUCUCGGCGACCAUGCCGUCUUGGGUGAAGAAGCUCUCGAGGAAAUAUCUUAAUAACCCUCUGACAAUUGAUUUGGUUGGCGAGGAUGAAGACAAGCUUGCGGAAGGGAUCAAAUUGGUGGCUGUAAGGACGACGGAUAAUAUGAAGCGGUCAAUCCUUGCCGAUCUUAUCACGGUGUAUGGGAAGGGUGCAAAGGCUAUUGUUUUCACACAGACAAAGCGUGAGGCAGACGAUGUAGCCGUCAGCUUGGGGCGAACACUUGGGUGCCAAGCUCUGCAUGGAGAUAUUGGUCAGCAUCAGCGAGAGAAGACCCUGCAAGCAUUCAGGGAUGGAAGAUUUGCAGUCCUUGUUGCGACAGAUGUUGCUGCUAGGGGGCUCGACAUUCCGAAUGUGGAUCUGGUGAUCCACUUCGAGCUGCCGAAUGAUGCAGAGACAUUCGUUCACAGGUCCGGAAGAACGGGCCGCGCUGGCAAGAAGGGGACAGCAUUGGUGAUGUACACAGAUUCGCAGAACAGGACUCUGAAGAUGAUAGAAAGGGAUGCAAACUGCUUUCUGGAGCGAGUACCACCUCCCCAUGUGGAGGACGUGCUGAGGGCUUCCUCAGAGCAGGCCAAGGAGGCAAUUGAACGCGUGCACCCUGACCUGAGGGACGUUUUCCUUCCAGCUGCAGAGAAGUUAAUUGCUGAGAAAGGCGUCGUCGCGCUUGCUGCUGCCUUAGCCCAUAUGAGUGGCUACACGCAACCUCCGCCCUCAAGAUCGUUGAUCACCCUUGAGGAGGGAUGCACAACUGUGCGGAUGGUCAGGACGACGAAGUCCCGAUAUGGUACAUUGAGCUCGCCAAGGGCUGUCAUGGGUGCACUCGGAGAGUAUUACCGUCCUGCUGCGGACGAGGUUGGCAAGAUUCGGAUGCUGUCCGAUCGGAAUGUCGAAGGUGCUGUAUUUGAUCUCCCUGAGAAGAUUGCGAAGGAGCUUGUUGCACUGGAGACAGAUGGUGGAGAUGUAUUCGAUAUUCCGAAAGAGCUCCCGCGUCUUGUUGACGAAGAAGUGAGAGGGUACCGUGACAAUUACGGGCGCUUUGAACAAGACCCUGAGAGGCGAGGAAGCCGCCGUGGUGGUGGUGGCAGUUUUGACGGUGGACGAGGUGGAAGAGGACGGGGGAGCAGAGAUGCUGGAAGGUCUUAUGGUGGAGGAGGAAGAGGCGCCGAUUCAUCUCGUAGGGGGGAUAGGUAUGGUGGGGAGCGUUUCGGGUCAACCGGAAGAGGUGCUGGCAGCCCGAGCCGAAGCUGGGACGAUUACGACAGAGGCAUGUCUAGCAGGUCGCCACCCAAAAGAAGGAUGUCCUCACGGUCUGAUUCGUGGGAUAACUGGGAUCUGUGGGAUAAUGCCCCUUCAGCCCCCGCAGGGCGACGAUGAUGGAGGCAAGGUCUCUCAGGAUGCUUCUCCGGCAAAAUGCCAAUGUGCUUGCAUGCUAGAUCAACUUCACACAAUCUGCGGAGGACCGGCAGUAUAUCGGCGGUCACCUGAAAGCGGAUCAUUGCUCGCGCGAUUCAUGGGUGCUGCUGUAUUGGGAAUUUCAGACUUGACGAGGCUUCCAUGUUGCAUAUCAAAAUUGACGACUUGUCGGACAUGACAAGAUGCGCGUCCAGAAGUGAAAGAUUGGUUGAGCAAGGAGUGAGUUGAUUGAUGUUCUGAAUGUGAUUUGUCAGCGGACACGAGCAAUCUCAAGGCUCUGGCGAGGGUGCAGGUGAGUAUAGGCGAAGCCGUCAGCACAUGGCGCCAGUGAUUUCAUCUCUUGUGUUUUGGAGUGCUGAGUUUCUAUAGUAGAUUUUGAUAUGGAUCAAGGAAGUGGGUUGGCGGCCGAUUAGCCAUGCAGGUGUGGUGGUAGCAACUGCUGGUUUGCGUUAUUUUGGGGGGGUCUGUGAACUGUCAUCCACUGCUAUUAUAGUGCAGCGCAGAGGGGGUACCUUUCGUCACCCAAACAGAACGUAUUAUGUCGUACGGUAAUUCUGCCCGUGUUUGGACCAACGUCCAGUCUGGAUGCAGCGAUAGGGACCGUGCAUUCCAUUCAGGGGGAGACGGGAGUUUGGUGGUGACAAGAUGGAUCACUGACCGAUCGAUCUAUAGCUGCUAGCGAGUAGCGGUUGCGUUGGUGGCGGGUGCGGGGGAGCCUCGGAAUCCCUCCCUUAGAGCUGGGGAGAUGGCAAAGACGGUACGUUCCUGAUUAUUACAGCUGCUGUCACAUUUUGUAGAAACGUUUCGAGACCAUGAUGAUGAUUUCGUUUUCGUAUUGAGAGGUGGUGAAGCUGUCAUUUUCUGUGCUUUGUAUAGCGACGGUGUUGGUUCCCUUUCUAACGGUCUGAGGCGGGGCAGCAGGUUGUAAUGUAUGAUUGCAAAGCUGAAGAGCGCCUCGAUAGGACAAUCUCAGUCUGUAUGGCCUUAAGAAACUUGGACCAGAUGCAGACGGUAUUGCGGUGCAGGCUUGUUGCAUAGGAUGUAGAGUUGUCGACUUGUCAUAUAUUUGCACUUCAAGGACAUACCAAGUAAGGUAGUUGGGGGGGGGGGGUUGGGGGGAUCGACUGCCGGUGAACGGUUCAGCAAAAAAAGCAGGGAGCAAUCAUGGGUGCUGGCGAUGAAGUGCAUAAGGAUGGAAGAAAGGAGGGAGGUAGUGAGGAGUUGUGUGAGAGAAAGGCGGCUAUAAUUUCGACGAGUCUGAGUCCGAGAGGCGGGUGAUGGGGACCAUUCUUUCAGCUGACCACAGAUUCUCAGUUCGAGGGUUUUGUUUGCUGAUUCGAGGGUUGUGUUCGUUGAUUUGAUCCCUUGAAAGUCUUCUUCGUAUUGAGGGCCGUGCGUGAAGAGAGUGAGACGAGUGUCCGUGUUGCCAUUUGAUCAGAUUAGAAAGGUAUGUGGUUCAGUGAGAGGCUUUGGAAAAUCAGCAUGUCAUGUGGCAGCAGCAGCCCUUGUCUGUCUGUCUUUCUGUCUGUCUGUCUGUCUGUCUGUCUGCAAGCGGCAUGAGUGAAGACUGCCAGGAUUUGCUGCCCUAUGAAUUAUGGAAUUAAUUUGGUUAACCCCCUGCAGUCAUGUUUUGCGAGUGUUUCUCUCGGAUACCUGUUUAUCGCAUGUAUGGGCAAUGUCCCUUAUCGCAUGUUUUGCGA